AUGGCGGCCACAAGAGUGAUUAGUGCAGUGGCGGUCGCAACCCAAACCACCUCCUGUUUCCUCGCCAAACGAGCUUUCCUUCUGCCGGCGAAGAAAUCAUGCGGCGGAUUUGGCGGCCUAUGCUUCAACAGAAGAGCUCUGGUUUUGAAAUCGAAGCGACCCUUCUCUUGCAGUGCGAUAUACAAUCCUCAGGUUAAGGUUAAAGAAGAAGGUCAACCCGAAUCCCUAGAUUAUCGGGUCUUCUUCCUCGAUGGUUCCGGAAAGAAGGUUUCUCCAUGGCAUGAUAUUCCAUUGACCUUAGGAGAUGGAGUUUUCAACUUUAUAGUUGAAAUUCCUAAAGAGUCAAAAGCAAAAAUGGAGGUUGCUACCGAUGAAGAUUUCACUCCUAUUAAGCAAGACACUAAGAAGGGAAAGCUCAGAUAUUAUCCGUACAACAUAAACUGGAACUAUGGGUUGCUUCCACAGACAUGGGAAGAUCCAACUCAGGCAAACUCUGAUGUUGAAGGAGCAUUUGGGGAUAAUGAUCCAGUUGAUGUUGUUGAGAUUGGUGAAACCCAAAGGAAGAUAGGCGAGGUUCUAAAAAUCAAGCCUUUGGCUGCCUUAGCUAUGAUUGAUGAAGGAGAGCUAGACUGGAAGAUUGUUGCUAUUUCUUUGGAUGACCCAAAAGCUCAUCUUGUGAAUGAUGUUGAAGACGUUGAGAAACAUUUCCCGGGUACACUAACAGCGAUUAGAGACUGGUUUAGAGACUACAAGAUCCCAGAUGGAAAGCCUGCUAACAGAUUUGGUCUUGGAGACAAACCAGCAAACAAAGAUUAUGCUUUGAAGAUCAUCCAUGAAACAAAUGAAUCAUGGGCUAAACUGGUGAAGAGAUCAGUUGAUGCUGGAGACCUUUCACUUUUCUGA